AUGGCCAGCCAGCAGAAAACACCGCUCCGAAUCGUCGUCGGCAGCGACAACGCCGGACACGCAUACAAGACGGCGCUGAAAGAAGUCCUCCACAAACACGCCGGCGUGACGCAAGUGCUGGACGUCGGCGUCGUGGACGCGGACGAUUCAACUGCGUAUCCGCAUUUGGCUGUUGAUGCGGCCAAGAAGAUCAAGAGUGGCGAGGCCGACCGCGCCCUCCUAAUCUGCGGGACGGGCCUGGGCGUCGCGAUCUCGGCGAACAAGGUAGCCGGGAUCCGCGCGGUGACGGCGCACGACCCGUACAGCGUCGAGCGCAGCGUGCUGUCCAACAACGCGCAGGUGCUGUGCAUGGGCCAGCGCGUCAUCGGGCUCGAGCUGGCCAAGAAGCUCGUCGACGACUGGGUCGAGCUGCGCUUCGACACGUCCUCCGCCAGUGCCGACAAGGUCGCCGACAUCGAGAAGUAUGAGGAGAAGUUUGGCGAUUUGUGA